UUGUAGCUUAUAAAACCCAAGCUCCCCUCAUCCUGUUGCUCCCAUCCAACAAACCAUCACUCUUCUCACCUAAAAAAUCCCCACCUCUUUUUGACAAAGAAACCAGUUCCAAUAUCAUGGAUCUCCUCCUCCUGGAGAAGACCCUCUUGGGUUCUUUCGUUGCCAUUCUCGUUGCCAUUCUCGUUUCUAAACUACGUGGCAAACGUUUUAAACUCCCUCCAGGUCCUCUACCUGUCCCCGUGUUUGGAAACUGGCUUCAAGUUGGUGAUGAUUUGAACCACCGUAACCUCACCGACUUAGCCAAGAAAUUCGGUGACAUCUUCCUCCUUCGUAUGGGCCAACGUAACCUUGUUGUCGUCUCUUCUCCUGACCUAUCCAAAGAGGUUCUGCACACACAAGGUGUUGAGUUCGGGUCGAGAACAAGAAAUGUUGUUUUUGAUAUCUUUACUGGAAAGGGACAAGACAUGGUGUUCACUGUCUACGGUGAACAUUGGAGGAAGAUGAGGAGAAUCAUGACUGUCCCUUUCUUUACAAACAAGGUUGUCCAACAAUAUAGGUAUGGCUGGGAGGAGGAAGCCGCUCAAGUUGUCGAGGAUGUUAAGAAAAACCCUGAGGCUGCAACCAAUGGGAUUGUUUUGAGGAGGAGAUUGCAACUCAUGAUGUAUAAUAAUAUGUACAGGAUUAUGUUUGAUAGGAGAUUUGAGAGCGAAGACGAUCCUUUGUUUAACAAGCUCAAGGCUUUGAAUGGUGAGAGGAGCAGAUUGGCUCAGAGUUUUGAAUAUAAUUAUGGUGACUUCAUCCCCAUUUUGAGGCCUUUCUUGAGAGGUUACUUGAAGAUCUGCCAGGAGGUUAAGGAGAGAAGGUUGCAACUCUUCAAGGACUACUUUGUCGAUGAGAGGAAGAAACUUGCAAGCACAAAGAACAUGAGCAAUGAAGGGUUGAAGUGCGCAAUAGACCAUAUCCUGGAUGCUCAAAAGAAAGGAGAGAUCAACGAGGACAACGUUCUUUACAUUGUCGAGAACAUCAACGUCGCUGCAAUUGAGACAACACUAUGGUCGAUCGAGUGGGGAAUUGCUGAGCUUGUGAACCAUCCUGAAAUCCAGAAGAAGUUGCGCCAUGAGCUCGAUACCUUGCUUGGACCUGGUCACCAAAUCACCGAGCCUGACACCUACAAGCUCCCUUACCUUAAUGCUGUUAUCAAAGAGACCCUCCGACUCAGGAUGGCAAUUCCUCUACUUGUCCCACACAUGAACCUUCAUGAUGCCAAGCUUGGAGGCUUCGACAUUCCAGCUGAGAGCAAGAUCUUGGUCAAUGCCUGGUGGCUCGCCAACAACCCUGCCCACUGGAAAAACCCUGAAGAAUUCAGGCCAGAGAGGUUCUUGGAAGAGGAGGCCAAGGUUGAGGCCAAUGGCAAUGAUUUCAGGUACCUUCCAUUUGGAGUUGGGAGAAGGAGCUGUCCUGGAAUUAUUCUUGCAUUGCCAAUUCUUGGCAUUACUCUGGGACGUCUGGUACAGAAUUUCGAGCUCUUGCCUCCUCCCGGACAGUCAAAGAUAGACACUGCAGAGAAAGGUGGACAGUUCAGUUUGCACAUUUUGAAGCACUCCACUAUUGUUGCAAAGCCAAGGUCCUUUUAAUUUCAUUUCACACUUUUUUUUUUCUGGGUGUUUUGUUACUGUAAGACUGUUGAAGAAGAAAAGCGGUAUGGUUUUGGAUGCGGGAUCCAGAUGGAAUUGUCUAAUUAUGAUAUAAUGGGGGUGUCACUGUAAAUCUAUGAAGCUAUGAACUCAAAAGGGAUCCUUUUUUAA